AUGAUAAUGUCAUCGAAAAUCAUUCUGCCAACAGUGCUCCUGAUGCUCUGUGCCACCACACUGGCAGUCGAUCCACUCGAUUUUCUCUUCAGCUCAAACAUGGCCCAAUACCCGAGAUAUCGUCCGAUCUCACCGUCUGCCGCCGCGGUCAAUCCGGAAUUCGGAAAGAGGUUUUGGAUUGGAGCUCCACCAGGCUGCGUCUGCACUGAAUUCCUCGGUUGCCACGGACCCGGAUGUAUGCGUCGAAUGUAUCCAAAGGCUUGA